AUGAACCAUCCACAAGAAGGAGCAGGCUACAACGAGGUCACCAUCAUGUACAACGACGGCGCUGUCCCAUUCCCAUACCCUCCGCCACCGCCUCCCCCACGGCACGGCCGCCUGAACCCAUUCCGCAUUCUUGUCAGAGGCUUGGUCGCAGCCAGCGCCGUCUUCGGCGUCCUCGCGCUCCUCAUCUGCCUCAUCUACUGGCCCCGGACGGUCCGGGUGGCCGCGGCCGCCGCGACGCUCGCCCGCUUCGAGGUCGACCGCUACGACACCACCCCCACGUCGAUCACCCCGGUGCUCUCCUACAACCUCAACGCCGUCCUGGCCGUCUCCAACCCCAACAAGCGCGUGUCCGUCUACUACGACGGGUUCCAGGCGUCGGGCCUCUACCAGUACCACCGCUUCGCCCGCGCCGCGCUGCCGCUUCCGUUCCAGGCCACGCGGCGCACCGACACGGUGCCGGUCGAGCUCACCGGGAGCUCGCCCGCGCACGUCGACCUCCGCGCCGACGCUUUCCCACCUCACGAGAAGGGGGUGUUCCCGGUGGACCUGAUGGUGGAUGGGAUCGUGCGGUACAGGUUCGGCAAGCUGACGACGGCCGUGGCGAGCAAGCUGACUGUCGAGUGCCGCCUGGACCUGAACCUGAUGGUGCCUUCCGGUUGGAUCGAUUGUGCCAACUGGAGCUGA